AUGACUCUGCGGCACCGAGAGGCAAUGCGACGCGGUGGGGUGGCCGCAGCGAACCUCCCGGAGGGAGACAUCCAGAGACACUCGGCGCAGCGGCUGCGGACCGUGGGACGUGGGUCAGCGGUGGGGAGCUGGACCCCCCCGGCCCGGGACAUGAACGGCAGCGGGCUCGGCUGCUCCAACCACUCCGGAGGCUGCCUGACCCCGCACCAGGCGCUCAUCCACUGGCUGACGCUGCCCCUCUCCGGCAUCAUCGUGGCGGGCAACCUGCUGGUCGUGGGGACCCUCCUGGGCAGCAGGAGGACGCACGCCGCCACCGACCGCUUCUUCCUGAGCCUGGCGCUGGCCGACUUGGCGACGGGGGUGGUCCUGCCCUCGGUGCCCGGCCUGGGCUUCGGCCGCCCCCUGGCCCCCCGCCUCUGCUUCUUCGCCCACCUCUUCCCCAACUUCAUCCUGUUGUCGCUGAUGGCCAACGUGUUGCUGGUUCACUGCGACCGCUACCUCUACAUCGCCCGGCCGCUGCGCUACCACCGCGCCUGGCUGCGGCACCGUGCCCCCGCCGCCCUUCUGGCCGUCUGGCUGCUACCCCUCCUCUUCGCCUCGCUGCCGCUGCUGGGCUGGAACCGCUGGCCGGCGUCCGAGCCCCACCACUGCCACUUCAGCCUGGUCUUCCCCCCGGAGUACAUCUACCUGGAGGUGUACGGUCUGCUGAUACCCGCCAUCCUGGCCAGCGGCGCCCUGAACGCCUGUCUCCUCCGGCUAGCCCGCGGGCAGAUGCGGGACAUCCAGCGGCAGUGCAGGGCGGUGCGGGGAAGGGCCCCGGCGCUGGAGCACCAGCUCAACCUCAGGCUCGCCAAGAGUGUCACGGGCUUCCUCCUCGUCUUCCUGGGCUGCUGGCUGCCUUACAUCGUUCACCUGCACGCCCGCUUCCUGGGGCCGGCCGGCGGAGCCCGGGCGCACAUCGUCCUGUCCUGCCUCGGGAUCUGCAGCGCUGCCCUGCUCCCCUUCGCCCUGGCCCUGGGCAACAGGGAGUACCUGCGGGUCUGGAGCCGAGCCUGCGGCCGGAGGCGUCCCCCGAGCUUGGAGUCGGGCGCUCGCGGGCUUUGCCGUCCGCCCCCGGCCGGACCCGCGGGGUGCGACCCUGCCCCAGACGCGGGCAUCGGGUGA